AUAUUCUCAAACCAGUCAUUUAUUUACAUCAAAAGUAUGACAAAUUUGUCAUUGCGAUCGAUUUAUUGAAAAAUGAUGAAAUUUAUUAUGGUUAAAUCCAAUCCCCUAAUCAUGACGAAAAGAAAAAAAAAAUUUUAUGUUCCUUCCUUAACUAUACAAAAUAUAUAUUCAAGAAUGAAUCACAAAUUUAUAGACUUUGGCCUUUUCAUAAAUUUAAGACAAUUAUUUUAUUUUGAUUAGAUAUCAUAGUAAGCAAGAUAAUGAAAACAAUAUGUUCCUUUAUGUUUUUUCAAACAGGUUCCUUGUAACAUUUCCUUAUCCUAAAAGAAGAAAAGAAAGUAGCAUCUAAAUGAAUGAGGUCGGUCAAAUAAGCCGCGUGGAAAGCAAUCUUGAUUUGAUGACGUACAGAGGACUAGCUGUCACGCACGCAUGGGUUGAAACUGAAAGUGUUGAUGAAGGCCUUCCUUCUUUGGGGGCUAUUGAUGACAUUUCAUACCCUAUUUGAUAUUUAUGUCCUUGACAAAAUCCUAUUUUAGUUUAUACGUCUGACUGAGCAACCUUCAUUUAAAUUGAAUAAGUGACAUGGAAAAUGAUCUUUGCCACAAAAUUAUCUUUCCAUAAUUUUGCGAUGUCUAUUUUAGCUAAUUUUGCAAUUAAAGUCUAACGGGGUUACUACAAUGGUUGUGGCCUUCUCUUUUUUCUUUGCUUGGCACUCAAAUCAAAACUUUAUGGUUUUUUUCCUCUCACUGUAACAAAAAAAUAAUUGCAAUUAAAUAAGACAUUAAAGUGAUUUAACCCAACCAAAAAAAAAAAAAAGCGAGGUCUUCACAGUAUUAACCAAAAAAAAUGUUUAGAAAGAAUUAGGUUAAAUUAGGUUAAGGGCACAAAAGAGAUGAACUUUUUUUUAAUAAUCUUUUACAAAUCCUUAUCAACUUCAAAGCAUACAAAGAUUGUUAACAACCCAAGUCUCAACCACUUAACUAAGCCAUUGCUAUUCUAAUUUAUAACUAAUCAAUCCCAGGCCUGUCAAAGCAGUUAAUUACUCAUUCUUUCUUGCCCUGAUUUUUCAUCUGAAAUGGAGCAUCAAGAAAGCAAUGUGUUAUUAGGUUUGUUCUCUCAGGAUGGAUACAGCAAGGGGUUUUUCAUGCUCGUCUGCAUGGUUUUGUCAUGGAUAAUAGUCCAUAGAUGGAGCCAGAAGAACAAAAAAGGACCCAAAACAUGGCCUCUAGUAGGAGCUGCAAUUGAACAGUUGAUGAACUAUGACAGGAUGCACGAUUGGCUUGUCAAGUACCUCUCCGAAUCGAACUCCGUCGUCGUCCCAAUGCCAUUCACAACCUAUACUUACAUUGCAGAUCCUGCAAAUGUUGAACAUGUCCUUAAGACCAACUUUGCCAAUUACCCAAAGGGUGAAGUGUAUCAUUCGUACAUGGAAGUCCUGCUUGGAGAUGGGAUCUUCAAUGCGGAUGGAGAGCUUUGGAGGAAACAGAGAAAGACUGCAAGCUUUGAAUUUGCAUCCAAGAAUUUGAGGGAUUUCAGCACUGUAGUCUUCAGAGAUUACAGCCUCAAACUCCAUGCCAUUCUGAGUCAAGCAUUUGAAGGCCAACAAGUAGACAUGCAGGAACUGCUGAUGAGGAUGACUUUGGACUCCAUAUGUAAGGUGGGAUUUGGUGUAGAAAUUGGAACUCUGGCUCCCAAUCUACCAGAUAAUCACUUUGCCAAGGCCUUUGACACUGCAAACAUUAUUGUGACACUUCGGUUCAUUGAUCCAUUGUGGAGAAUAAAGAGAUAUUUAAAUGUGGGAUCAGAAGCUUUACUUGACAAAAGCAUUAAAAUCAUUGAUGAUUUUACAUACUCUGUUAUUCGAAGAAGGAAAGCAGAGAUCAAGGAAGCUGGCCAGAAUAGCGAAAACAACAAGAUGAAGCAUGAUUUACUGUCAAGAUUCGUUGAGUUAGGCGAAGACCCAGAAAGCAAGUUAACUGACAAAAGCCUCAGAGAUGUUGUCCUCAACUUUGUAAUAGCUGGCCGGGACACUACAGCAACUACUCUCUCCUGGGCCAUUUACAUGAUAAUUUCCCAUUCCCAUGUAGCUGAGAAGCUAUAUUCGGAGCUCAAAACCUUGGAAGAAGAUCGAGCAAGAGAAGAGAAGGUUUCGUUGCUCCAGUAUGACACAGAGGACCUUGAAUCAUUCAAUCAAAGAGUAACACAAUUUGCAGGACUUUUGAAUUAUGAUUCACUGGGGAGGCUGUAUUAUCUGCACGCAGUUAUCACCGAGACGCUUCGUUUGUACCCUGCAGUCCCUCAGGACCCCAAAGGAAUCUUGGAUGAUGAUGUUCUACCAGAUGGAACUAAAGUCAAAGCAGGAGGGAUGGUGACUUAUGUUCCCUACUCAAUGGGUAGAAUGGAGUACAAUUGGGGCCCAGAUGCAGCUUCAUUCAAGCCUGAGAGAUGGCUGAAAGAUGGUUUCUUCCAAAAUGCGUCGCCGUUUAAGUUCACCGCAUUCCAGGCAGGGCCAAGAAUAUGCCUAGGGAAGGACUCUGCAUACCUCCAAAUGAAGAUGGCACUGGCCAUUCUGUGCAGAUUUUACAAAUUCACUUUGGUCCCUGGUCAUCCAGUUGAGUACCGGAUGAUGACAAUUCUAUCAAUGGCGCAUGGCUUGAAGCUUACCGUAGCCAGACGUUAAUGGGAUGCUUGUAGAGGCCAGAAUGUCAGCUGUGUCAAAAAUAAUUAAAAGCAAAAUUUAGUGUUUUGUUCCAUAAGUUCUUAUAUUCUGAAGCUUAUUUGAACUACAUGCAUGAUGUCAGAAAUGACAGAAAUAGUUUCCCAUACAUGGCAUUCUCUCAAAAGUUCAGGUGGUACAUUUAUUUCAAAGCUUCUAAGCCACAACACGUAUACUAUAUACCAGAUAAAAGCUUUGGCAUUGUUUCUACCAUUCCCGUAAAAUACAGUAAAAGUAAUUAA